AUGAGCAACAAAUUCGCAUUCAUAAAUCGGAAACUCAACUUGAAUGCCCAAGGCUGUGCCACUGUGACAGGGCCGGACUGGCAAAAGACUUUGAGCGACUUGAGGAAAAGUUACCCCGUGGAAAUCAAUGUCUACACGACAGCUGCUGGUCAAACUGACAUCAAUUGUACGGCUGUCCUUGGCAUUAUACGAAAGGCAUCUCCGUUCCUAAGACCAAUCGUUUGUCAACACGAAGUGACGCCGUCCGAACUUGCACAAAUUUUCCAUCACCGAUUUGAAGUUCGCGACCUAACAAAGUGUUCGCCUAAAUCCUGCGAAGUGCAAACGAUUCCUGGCUACAUGGGUCCGCUAAUCCUCAAAGUUCAAUUCGAUGCAUCCAUUUGUGGACAACUGUUUGGACAAGCAGAGUAUAGGGCAGUUGUGUUUCGCAUCAAUUCGCUCUUGAAUGGAUUGAAAGCAGAUUGUCCCACCAUUCGUUAUACCAAAACGAAGGAUGCGUUUGACAAAGUGCCACACGAAGGAUAUUACUAUGCAACUGUCUCUGGUCAGUCACACGUGGAUGUGUGCCGAAAGGCAAAGAAACAUCUAAAGCACGAAGCUCAUAUUUGCGAGGAAAUUCAGAAGGUAAACAGGACAUGUGCACAGAAUAAGCAACGGACAUUUCGCAUGCGGCUGGUGCAACCCAUCUAUCUUUCUGACAUUCCAUGGUAUAUGAAUGAACACAGCAAAUUUGUACACUAUUUGAACAGCCGCAGUUCGAAGUGCAGAUUCAACGGAUACGUCCAAUUGAAUGAAAAUUCCAGGUGA